CGGCUGAGGUACAGAAUGGAGCUUCGGGAUAUUAUCUCGCAACCUGGAGAGCAUGUUGCUUGGGAAAUACUCCAGGCGGUACAGGAGCGAACGAACGUCCCCACCAAACACAAUCCUGAGCCACUUGUCCGGUUGACCGCCUCAGGUCGGUACUCUGACGACGAAAGUCCUUUUGAUGCACCUAAGAUCACGAUAGCGGGUAUGGUCCGUCUAGCAAAGUACUGCCGGUUCUCCGAAUGGGGCAGUAUUUCGAGGUACGAGAUGGUACAGAGAGCAGCAUUUCAGUGGCUUAACUUGGCGGACCUCGAUAAGGAUGCAUAUUGGCACCAUUAUUACAAUAUUCUUCUUCGCAAAGACACGGCCCUUGCAAACAAGUUUCUACUUGAUGUUACGUUGCUGAAGUGGCGAGACGAUGUAGACGGGUUGAUUCUGCGAGCCACAGGCUUCCAGGAGAGCAUCCACGAAGCUUCACCACAGGCACGCCACUCCACCCCUGCCUCCGAAAGCCCCAUGUCAGUGUCACCUGCAGGAGAAGCGGAAAACCAAGGCACCGGGGUGGGCAGCCAACAGAAGUGCGAUUGUGCGAUUGGGGAUGAUGCAGCCACCCAAAUACGGUCCAGACUUAUCCGUGAAAUUCCGGACGCAGAGACUGAGAUUGGACAAAUGAGUGACUUGACCCUUUCUCACUUCGCAAAAUCUGACCAUGUUGGGAUUGAUCGCCGGAGCUUGUUUGAGAUUUACACCGAGCUGUGGCGUGCCUGGGAACACAGUUCGACAUUCCAAGCGGAGUCGAAAGGGGGAAAGCGCAUGUCUGUUUGCAUUGGUGCAGAUCUCGACUUGCACUGUCUGGGUGACAUUGACUUCAAGAUCAAGGUCGAGCGAUCCCAUGGAUUGGACAUAGCAAGCAAGUUCAGAAUCCCGAUCCACGCUUGUGCACAUAUCUUGCCCGAAGAGUCGACCCUGAGUGCAAGCACUUCGGAGCCCUCUGAGGAGUCUUCCAGGUCACCAACCGUAACUGUGGACAGCAGCAGGCUCGAAAAUAACAAGGACCUUUACUUCUACAUAAAAGUCAUACGCGUUUCCCGACCGCUAAGGGUGACAGUUGUUGAGGGCCAAGCGGUUAUCGUGAGAAAUGAUCGGCAACUAUGCUGGGUGUGGGCACCCACUGGUGACUGUCCAACAUCGGCCGAGCUACCCAAGGGGCUUCACAUUGAGGUAAUCAAUGCGACUAUCCGGAAGGAAGACAUCUAAAGUGCUGGUCCUGCUCCUUCUGAUAUCACGUCUGUCAUCUCACACCAUAUCAAGCGGUACCCCGCGCCGCUGUUUUGUGGGUGGGAUGGUAGGUAGG